GGUGUGGGAGCGGAGAGGUGAGGGAUCGGCGCACGAGGGGGUGGGGUGACGAGGGACGGAGGGAGAGGGGCGGAGCAUGGCAAGCCCGGGGAACCACACGGUCCGGGUGGAGGCGAGGGCGCUCGAGGCCAUGCCGAGGGACCGCGUCCACCUGCUGCCUGUCACCAUCGAGACGGACGGCAACGCCAGGGUAGAUCAGUACUUCACGCCGGCGGUGCAGGAGCGCAAUGGCGAGCUGCUGGUCUCCUAUCGCGGCCGGGCACUGCGGGGCCGAGAUCUCCCUGUGCCCCCAGGCUACGUUGGGCUCGUGCUGAGGGAGGACCAGAAACCGUGCUCGGACGAGGAGGAGCGCGCUGUCAGCGUGAAGUCGGCCUUCUCAUCGCUGACGUACUGGAACCUGGAGACGCGGCCAACGCCAGACGACACCGUGGUGAUGGCGAUGGGCUGGACACAGAUCGCCCAGGCUAUGCACGCCCCGGUGGGAGAAGAAUGAGACCAGGCAGAAACGAGACCGCGCCCCUCUGCCGCGGAGAGGAAACUCACCUCGCCGUCUGUGCAGGCAGAAAUAAAGAUUUUACGUUUUUCUAAUAUAAA